GCUCUUCGCGGAUCAGUUGCCAAACCUCUCUCGUGAUCAAGAGAGAGCAACCACGAGCAUCACUUCACGGAUUUCCCUCCUCUUGCUUCUUCCCUUUUCUCCUUCGUUGUCCAUUCCGUUGUCCUCUUCAUCACCGGCAUCAGCCGCAGCUGCGAGACGGAAAAUCAAAACAACCGCCUUUUUUCAUUCUGCGGCUGGUUCAUUGACGGCGACCGGUUCCGUUUUCCUUUUUCUCCCUCGAUUUGGCUCAUCACGGACGAUAGGACUCCCUUUUUGUCCAGUCUACAUCUGAACUUCUCUCGCGUGUGAUUCUGUUUAUCUAAAAAUCUUUGUAACCAUUCCUCUCUCUCUCCCUAUCUCACCAAUUCAUUCAGAAAUUGAAUUAAAAUUUCUGAACGAAACGUGCGCUGCCUCGCCGGUUCGGUUUGAAUACCUUCGUUUUUUUGUUUUUUUGUUUUGGUUUUUUUUUAAAUUAUUAUUUCCUCUGUUUCAUCGUCGACUGUGUUAUAGCGAGUGCGCGUGUUAUCGGUGGGCAAAAGCCGGGGUGUCCGCAAUAGACUGAAAUUAAGUUAGACGAGCAAAGCCGAAAAAGAAUUCCCAGCCAGAACGAAAGAUAAAAAAAAAGGGGGGAAAAAGUAAAACGAGAAAGAUCUAAAAUCAAACCAACAAGAUAGAAAUUCAAGUUCGACGACCUGCUAAUAGCUGAGACGGAGACACAUUGGACUGUCGGCUCCCCAUUAGGUCAUUAGGCCUAACAGUCUUUGGUGCGUCGCAAAAUAAAUUGCCAACGACUUUGACUUGCCUCUGCCGCCUGUGUAACCGCACCCUUCUUCGUGUCUGUGUUUGUGGUUGUGUGUAGUUGUGCGUGUGUUGUGAGCCUUAUCUCCAGAAAGGGGGGGGGAAAGAAAAAAAAAGGGACGAGCUAAGAAAGGACAGAAAGAAGAAGAAGAAGAAGAAAAAGAAGCUUAGCAGUUCAACACGCGUUUCAUCAAGGAACGUUGACUUCGGAUGGUGGACCGGUUUGCCGCUGCCCAUCAACUUGAGCGUCGCCACAGAACACAAGACGAGAGGAAACGACGACGGCGAAGAAGUCAUGAACUUUUAACGACGAGAGACGACACGACGAUGAUGAUGAUGAUGACGACGAGUAUGCGACCGACAGCGGAUAAAGUGACGAGCCGCGCGGCCGCCUACGUUGCGAUAUUCCUCGUCUACGUCUCACUGUCGACCCUACACUCGGCCAACGCUUGGCGCAACGACCGCCGACCGAAGUUUUUUGGAGACAAGGUGCCAGUCAAAAUGCUGAAUCCGGUACACCAAAGCACACAGAAGAAGAUCGUCAUGUAUCACAAUUUUUUCCGAUCACGAGUCCAUCCUCCAGCCGCUGACAUGUUAGCGAUGACUUGGCACGGCGAAGCGGCUAGAGACGCUCAACGCUGGGCGGAUCAGUGCCAAUUCUUGAUCCACGACAAUGUCACCGGCCGAUGGGUCGACGACUUUGGGUCUUGCGGGCAAAACAUUUUCGUAUCGACUCAUCAAGUUCCAUGGAUGUUUGCCACGAAAACGUGGUUCCUGGAAAAACACAACUUUACGUACGGCUCGCCGCAGAAUAAUCUGUUCGAGGUUGGGCAUUACACGCAAAUGGUGUGGGCCGCAACGCAUAAGGUCGGAUGCGGUUUCACCAAAUGUCCAUACAGACCGGAUAAACGGUCGAGGACGACCAAGAGAUCUGGCGGACGGUCGUCCAUCAAACAUCCAAAAUACUUUUACAACUACGUUUGUAAUUACUGCCCGAUAGGCAAUUACAUGGAACGUUUGGGUCGUCCUUACAAGAAGGGCCCUUCGUGCGGCCGUUGUAAAGGAUCGUGCAAACUGCGUAAACUGUGCACCAAUUCAUGUUCGUACGCUGAUUUGUGGGUCAACUGUCGCGAGCUCAACACAACGUGGAAUCAGUGGCUCUGCCAUAACAAUUCUAAAGAGGGACUUGACAGAAAGAAACACUGUCGAGCCACCUGCGAGUGUACCGGUAAAAUCUAUACACAACUCGGACGCAUCAAAGCAUAGAAACGAAAGCCAAGGAAAUCUGCCCAUUGAAUGGAAGAAUAAAACUUAAUAAUAAAAAAAAAGAAAAAAAAGAAAAAAGGAAAAUAAAUUAUACUAUAUAGCUAGAUAGACGAAGAAAAGGGAGAAUGAGUGCACCUUUUCUUCUCCAUCUCACUGCCCCGGAACGAUAUUUUCUAAUUUUUAAAGCCGCCAUUUUGCAAGGCUCGAGAUUAGAAUGACGGGUAUGACUGUUAAGCGGUCAUAAUUUAAUGUAGAACAAAUAAAGAAUGAGGACUAAAAGUGACACACGUACAGUAACUUGGCUGUGAACCGUCGCCUGCCAGUUGAACAUGCUGUUUUUUUUUUAGCCCUGAAAACGGCUACAAAUGCUAUCAGGAUUUGAGGACAAAUCGAUAUGGUACGCGAAGUGCAGACAGUCCGUUUGUGAUUUGACUAUACACACGUGUACCUUAUGUCUCCGCCAUGUUAUUUAUACAUAUUAUAUAUAUAUACGAUAAACGCUGUGGUAUUGUGCCUGUAAUUCCCACUCACGUAACGACAUAAUUGGAAACAUUCAUUAACCGUUCGCUUUUGACUCUGCAAUCCUUUCCGCUCUCCAAGAAAACUGCUCCAGACAAGCUCCUCUCACUAUAUCUGCUCCUGUUACAGCCCAUAUGUCUUAAUCCAUAUCUUGUAUACAAUACGUUUCGCAAGUAUCUUCAUCAAUCUCUGUCAUCGUCGCCCCAUUUUAAACCAGUGUAUCAGGCUGCGAUAUAAAUACACUGGUCGAUUCGGCCUAUUGGCCACUGGUACGCUACCUGUUUUGGCUGAACAUCCGAAAAUUUCACUCAAAGGACAGCAAAAAAUGUUUCAAGUGAGAUGGAUUUCUUCCUCUCCGGUUUUUCUUUCGAUAAUUACAUAAGAAGCCCGAGAGCUUGGGAAACAAACAAACAACCUUGGAUACCAAAAGGGCACGGGUAGAAUAACUGUCAACCGCGAAUCUUCGGCCACGAUCGAUGAGGAAGAAUUUGGCUAUGGUUCAAAGGCACAACUUAAUGGUCAACGUUCACUUCGAAAACCCGGCAAGUUUGGUCGUCCGAGGAUGUAACCAAGUGAUAUCCAUCG